AUGAAGGUCCCCGCGAAUAGUUUGGGUCUGACCUGUGGAUUCAUGGCGGCCCUCGAGGCAGGCCUGGCCACAGCCCAAUCGGUCUCGAAACCACCGAACUUCCUCUUCAUCAUGGCUGAUGAUCAGGAUCUAAAGCUGGACUCCAUGUCGCAUAUGCCUCUAACUACAAAGCAUAUGCAAGACAAGGGAAUGUCCUUCGUGAACCACUUUGUUACAACCGCGCUGUGCUGCCCGUCUCGUGUUAGCCUUCUGACAGGACGACAAGCCCACAACACCAACGUGACGGACGUGCAUCCCCCUUGGGGCGGAUAUCCGAAGUUCAUCAACCAAGGGUUCAACGACAACUACCUGCCCGUAUGGAUGCAAAAUGCUGGGUAUGACACUUACUAUACGGGCAAAUUGAUGAAUGCACACUCUAUCGACAACUAUGACGAACCCCAUGCCGCGGGAUUCAAUGGCUCUGACUUCUUACUGGACCCUUACACCUACGACUACAUGAACGCGACAUACCAGCGCAACCACGACCUACCUGUUAGCUACCUUGGCCGUCACACGACUGAGGUCCUAACUGAGAAGGCAAUGGACUUCUUGGAAGAUGCUCUCACCGGUGAACGCCCAUUCUUUCUCACUGUGACUCCCAUCGCACCCCACUCGAACAUGAAUGGAACCUCUGGUGCUGGGCAAGGUCCGCUGUGGAUGGAUGAGCCCAUUCCAGAGGAACGCCACAAGCAUCUGUUUCCCGAGGCCAAGGUACCCCGCACGGCAAACUUUAACCCCAAGGAACCUACCGGCGUUAGUUGGAUAUACGACCUCCCCUAUCGCAACCAAUCCGUCGUCGACUACAACGACCACUACUACCGGCAGCGUCUGCGUGCCUUACAGGGCGUCGACGAACUGGUGAACUCCCUCAUCGCCCGUCUAGAAGCCAGCGCCGAAAUUGACAACACGUACAUCAUCUACACAUCUGACAACGGAUUCCAUAUUGGCCAGCACCGGUUGCCGCCGGGCAAGACCUGCGCCUUCGACGAAGACAUUCGCGUGCCGUUCUUCAUCCGCGGGCCCGGAAUCCCCGAGGGCCAGCAGCAGGAUAUUGUUACGACCCACAUUGACAUCGCACCCACGCUAUUCUCCUUGGCUAGUCUACCUCUGCGCGAUGACUUUGAUGGUACACCUAUGCCCAUUGCCGAUGUGAAGGGAACGCUGCAUGAGCAUGUGGCGGUUGAGUACUGGGGUCAGGCGAUGCUUGAAGGUGGUCUGUCGAACUUGGGGACACCCACCGUCCCUAAUAACACCUACAAAGCCGUCCGCAUCCUCAGCCAAGAGUACAACCUUUUCUACUCAGUGUGGUGCAACAAUGAGCACGAGCUUUACGAUCUUAGUACCGACCCUUAUCAAGUUAACAACCUCCACCCACGUGUCUCGCCCAAGAACGCCACCAUCCUGGGCUACGACAUCCCGACGGUGAUCGAUCGUCUUGAUGCCUUGUUGCUCGUCCUAAAGUCCUGCAAGGGUCGGACCUGCAUUAAGCCGUGGGAGGUGCUCCACCCGGACGGAUCGGUGCAGAACCUGCUUGAGGCUCUGGAUGCUCAGUAUGAUGCGUUCUACCAUGACCAACCGAAAGUAUCCUAUGAUCGGUGCGAGUAUGCGUAUGUUAUUGAUGCGGAAGGGCCGCAGACGGCGUUGGCGUAUAGGAAUGGCUAUUCUUUGGAUCAGUGGGUUUAG